AUGCCGAAAGGGGAGACCAUUGACUCGCUACUGGACCCGGCGUUAAGAGUUUCAAGGCCAGUGGCAGCGUGCUCGCGAUGCCGUUCGGCCAAGAUCAAAUGUACUUGGGGAACAGCCGCUUGUUCGGCUUGCGAAAGGUCGGGGAAGGUGGAGGGUUGCACCAGCGCCAAUGAGGAAUUUGCCCGAGGCAAUGAAAGGAGCUAUGUCGCUGCACUGGAGGCGGCUGCCGAACGACUGCAGAGAAAGCUCGAUGCCACCAAAGCCAGCAACGCUCUCGCUCCCAUGGGCUUGCCACCCACCGCUCAGCCUCGAGGCAAAAGCAGGAAAAUCAGUGGCACCCAACGGAAAGAGGCCUCUGAUGUAAAUGAGCUGGUCAGUGAUUUUGGCUUCCUUACUGUCAAUGCCACCUCUCGCGACUUUCAUGGCUUCACCUCAACGAUGUCCUUUGCCAAACUGCUGCUGGCCAUGGCAGUCAAGACCGACUUGCCUGCAACAGCCACGGCAAAGCUUCCACCUCGCUACGCUGUCAUGCAGGCCUUGGAAGGUUACUUCGGCAGAACAUUCGUACUGCUGCCAUUCUUCUCCGAAACCGACUUUAUGACCUCUUUGUCGAGAGUGUAUCAAGAUGCCAUCAGUUCGCCGGUGACUCCGCUUGACUUCUGGUACGUGAGACUGGUGCUGGCCAUUUCCUAUGCCACAAGCAGCCGCACAAAAGGCGAUGAUAAUGCACAGUUGGCGACCCAACAUAUGGCUGCUGCCAUGCAGCUGGCAGAAUACGUGAUACGGCCUGGGUCGAUUGCAGGUGUACAGGCAUUACUGCUUCUUGUUGAAUACGCUCUGCUCGACCCCACGAGCUUAGACGCAUGGUAUCUCAUUGGCAUGGCGUCUCGAUUGGUUGUCGAUCUUGGUCUUCAUUGCGAGCCUUCGGCAGAGACCAGGAUCCCGCAAGAAGAGUUGAAUAUGCGGAGGCGUGUCUUUCAUGCUACCUAUGCGCUGGACAGACUUUUCUCUAUAUCCACAGCUCGUGCCUUUUCGUUCACGGACGAUUCCGCCUCUGGGGUUCCGCUUCCUGAUACAGGGAGUGAGCAGCAGACGAGCGCAGCGUCAGGGCUUUUCCUGCAUUCCAUCAAGCCAUCAUUGUAUCUGUUCGACAUUCGAAGAGUGCAGUCGGCAUUCUAUCAAACAACAAGAUAUUCAUCCAGAUCACGAUGGUCCAUCACUCAAGCCAGCAGCUACGUGACUUCGACCUCCAACGAUGUUCGGGCCUGGUAUUCGAGCAUCCCAUCCUCGCUCUCACAGACGCACCUAACGUUCUUCAAUCUGGAACGACUGUACACUCACAUUCUCGUGCUCGGCCCUCAUCCACGACAUCCUAUGUCAGACUUAUCAGAACUCGACAAAGCCAUGAUCUUCGAAUAUUGCACCCAGUAUGCCGAGCUCCUUCAUCCGGUCACUAAUAACAUUGACCACCAUCCUUUCUUCUGCUACACUGACAUCUGCCGGACACGAUGGGUGGGCAAGCAAUUUCUUGAUGUGAUGUGGUCUGAUUUUGAUUGCAUGAUCAAAGCCCAGCAUGUGAUUGCUGGCAAUAUGAGUAGCAGCUUGUCCGUCCAUGACAACUGUGCUCGUGCUCUCGGCUGCAUUAGGCAGAUCAGUGACAUCCUCAACGUUGCAGGCACUAAGUUGCAGAUGACCGAGUUCAAAGACCAAUACGAAAAGGAGUCUGCAGUACUGGUGGCCCGCCUAAGCAAUCGCCAACAAGAAACGUCCACGGCCGGUCCGUCUGGAGCUGAUGGAACAUUCAUGCCGUCCAUAAAUCCGAAUUAUCCACCCUACAUCUACACCGACGCAACUCAGUAUCCGCUGAUGCCAGAAGAUGCCGGUCAGCGCAUAAGUCCCGGGAGUCGACGGGUUUACUCAUUCAUUGGUGGUAGCCAGCAGUAG